UUUUCCAGUCAGCUUGACCGUAUUGUCGGUGUAAUCGGUAUGAUUCAAGCGACCUUCCACUUUGUCCCACUAACUUUAUGCUAUAUCAUUAGCUUAGCUAAUGCAGAAUUACCGGCCAAUGAGGAGAAAUACUUGAAGAAUAUUAAACAGUUAACGUGGGGUUGUGAAAAUGUCGCUCCUACGUUCAGCAAAAAUGGAGAGAAUUUUUUGUAUCAAGGUGGUGGAAAGUCAUGUUAUGGCACUUGUUGUGCCCAGAUCUACAAACUGAGCUUAAAAGAGCCCACAAGUAGUCAGACUGCGCAUCGGAUCAGUAAUGGUAUGGGACUGGCAUCUCGACCCAAAUUUGAUCCAAAAACGGAAUUUAUCCUAUUUGCGAGCACAUCGUUGAGUCAUCGUUACGCGGAUAAUAUCCACUAUUGUCCACAGAAAGUGUGUGCUUCCAAUAAAAUUAUGUCCGAUCCGAUUCUCAAAGAUAUCUGUAAUCGAUCUUUCGAGCUAUUUUCAGGUACUUCUGCACAUACUUGGGAGCUCUUCCCAGAAUAUGAAAUCUUUUCGGUGAACCGAUUCGGGAAUGCAUUCACUCAGUUGACCAAUGAGGAGGGGUACGAUGCGGAUGCAGACAUAUCGCCGGACGGUCAAAAAAUCGUUUUCACUUCGAUGCGAAGCGGCGAUCCAGAAAUUUGGAUUAUGGAUGCGACCGGAUUGAAUGAGAAACAGUUGACCAACGAAUUGGGUUUUGAAGUAUCACCUCGAACCAUGAACCUUUACAUCAUGAACGUGAACGGAUCGGAUAUAAAGCAGAUCACCAAGCUCGGUGGUGCCAUAAUCACACCAUACUUUCUGAAAGAUGAUCGUCGAAUUGUGUUCGCUUCGAAUUUCGAGUCGUUUGGCCGCCAGUGCGGAGACUUUUCGCUUUAUGUGAUUGACGUUGAUGGCAAAAAUUUGAAACGGAUCACCGCAAAUGCGGGCGGCUUCGACGGAUAUCCAACAUUUGACGCAACUGGAAAACAUUUAAUGAAAGUGAUAUUUAUUUCGUUGUUAUUCACUCUUGGUAGAGUAUCGUUUUGUGCUGAAGUUGAAUCACGACGAGAGAAACAUCUAAAAAAUAUUCGACAAAUGACUUGGGGCGGUGAAAAUGAAGAUCCAGUUAUAAGUGCCGAUGGCAAGUGGUUUAUUUACUUGGGCUCUGGAAUUGAUCAGUAUGGACUUUGCUGUGAACAGGUUUACAAAAUGCGUACCGAUAAGCCAGGCGAUCAACAAACCGCACAAAGAAUGUCACCAGGCUUGGGCUUAGCGGCCGGACCAGCAAUAUUUCCCGACCAAGAGAAUUUGCUUGUUGCCACUACAGUGGUAACCACCCAACAGAAAACCACCAUGCACGGCUGUCCACGACGACUGUGCUUGACGGAUGUAGAGAAGAAUGCGACAAAAAUUGAGCACACCUGUAAGAAGCUCCCUGAUUUGGAUUACAUUGAGUCAGACGGAACUGAAGGCCUCAUAGCUUAUUCAAUUGAUCCAUUCGAGUUUCUAGAAGAAAUUACUGCAUCAAUUCACUUUUCAUUAGAAACUCACAUCGUCGAAUUUUUUAAGAAACGAAAUUGUGAAUUAAUUUCCAAAAAUUCUAACGAGAACAAGCAUUCUGAUCAUCUCUAUCAGUGCUCAUAUUCUCAUAUCGUUUUCAUUCAAUCAUCUCACAUCACUCGCAAAUUUUCAGGUCGAGAAGGCCUCACUUGGGAUAUCUUUCCAGAGUUUGACAUCUUCAAGGUGAACAAGUAUGGAAAUGCAAUUGCUAAACUCACCAAAACGUUGGGAUAUGAUUCAGAAGCUGAUAUUUCGCCAGAUGGUCAAAAAAUAGUAUUCACGUCAAUGCGUAGUGGUGAUCCUGAAAUUUGGAUCAUGAACGCAGAUGGAAGUAACGCUAAGCAGUUAACACAUGAGCUCGGGUAUGAUGGCGGAGCAAAAUUCAGUCAUGAUGGCAAACAAAUUGUCUUCAGAGCAUCAAGACCAAAAACAGCCGACGAUAUUCGAGCCUAUAAACGUUUAUUAAGUGACGGUCGAGUAUCGCCUUUAGCGAUGGAAAUCUUUAUAAUGGAUGUGGAUGGAAGUAAUAAGCGACAGUUGACCAAUCUGGGUGGUGUCAACUACACUCCCAUGUUCAUGAACGGCGAUAAACGCAUCAUAUUCUCGUCGAAUUCACACGCCAUUGAAGGAUGUCAUGAUUUCGAUCUAUUCACAAUUGAUACAGACGGUAAAGAUCUGCAACGGGUUACAAUUAUUGGGCACUUCAAUGCAUUCCCGAGAUUCGAUAAAGAUCAGAAAACUAUUAUGUGGUCAAGCGAUCGCAACAGCACGGUGGUUGGUGAGGCUAACAUAAUGAUAGCCGAUUGGGUCGAUUAA